UGCAGAGUUCGUUGUUGUGUAGUGCGACAACGUACGAUACGCUAUCGAUAUGCCACCAAACUCACAGACUAGGCUUCUGCCAUUGAGACAGAUUGAGCUGCCCAUUUUGCAAGUCCCUCCGGAAUUGAAAAUCCGCACUGAUCAAGAUGUGGAAGACUGGAAAUCCACCAAGGGAUAUGCAGAUUAUUUGUUGUUCCUCCGCCGACUGAGCGAGGCAGUGGUUGACUACAUGCUUCCACUAAUGAACCCCCCAAAACAGAGCCAGGUCCGCAAUCAUGAUUGAGUCAUCAUUAUCUGAUUCAUCACGUUCUCAGGAAAUCGACCGAAUACUUGCUCUCCUGGAUACCUUGAGCGACUGGGUUGAUGAAAUCCCUCCCCUUCAGACUCCUCAGCGCUUUGGUAAUCUUGCGUUUCGUACAUGGGGUGCUCGCUUAGAGGAGCGCUCUGACGAGCUUCUUUCAAAAUUGCUUGGCGAGAAGUUCGCCUCCGCUUCUCCAUAUCUAAAGCCCUACUUGCUCACGUCGUUUGGAUCGUUCCUGAGGAUGGAUUACGGCACUGGUCAUGAAUCAUCAUUCGCUAUCUUCCUUCUUUGCCUAACCCUUAUACGCUUUGUAAAACCUGAGCCAGAUGAAGAGCGACACAUGGUCCUCAGCGUUUUCGUACGCUAUCUCCAACUGUGCUGGAAGCUGCAGGAUGUCUACAAGUUGGAGCCCGCAGGGAGUCAUGGUGUUUGGGGACUCGACGAUUACACCUUCCUUGGAUAUAUAUUUGGAAGCGGGCAGUUACGAGACCAGACGGAUAUUACUGUAGCUUCCGUCUUAAACCCCCCGCUUCCCCAAAGCAACUUAUACUUCAUGUCCAUUACGCGGAUUCAUCAGGUCAAACAUGGUCCGUUUUACGAACACUCCUCUCAGCUUCACUCAAUCGCCGUUGGGGUUCCCAAUUGGGGGAAAGUUCAUAAUGGAUUGUUCAAGAUGCAGAAGUUCUGGGCAAGAGGGUAGUAGUUCAGCAUCUACCCCUGGGCGGGCUGAUAGAAUGGGAUACCCACGUCGAUCAGCGUCACGCGCCGUCAAUGUCGCGCGACGCAGCUGCCACCGCGGAUACCCGUGCUCCUUGGGCACAUCCUCGCUAGUGAUCGAGAGAUUUAUCCGAUGGGUUAUACAAAGUAUGUCAAGUGGAUGCGGAAUGCGUGGGGGGCCGCGUCCCUAUCACCUUUACGGAAUAUCCUGAGACCCUCGAUUGUUUCUGGCCAAAGGACUGUCCGAGUGGCGAAUAUGAGGGAGACCUUACGGCGUACA